AUGAAAGAAAACAGCAAGGAAACGGAAAUUACGUUAGAGAAAAGUGCAGACUUUCCAGACUCUCCAGACACCAAACCGGGUGAAGACAAACUUGUCUCGUCAUUUGCAACUUUUUGGAACAUUUGCAACACGAUUCAAGGUUUACCAAUCUUGGUCAUACCUUACGCCGUUAGAAAUGGUGGCUACUUAGCAAUACUUACUCUUUUGUUAGUCGCCGCUACCUCUAAUUACACUGGAAAAACAAUUGUUCGGUGCCUUUAUGAAAUAGAUCUAAAGAGCGGUAAACGAAAAAGGGUUCGCAAUUCCUACGCAGAUGUCGGCGACGCUUUUUUGCCGAACUUAGGAGGUCAUCUUGUCCUUGCUACUCAGUUUAUAGAGUUGCUGUUUGUAGCUUCAUUUUAUCCUCUAUUAGUUGGACGAUUACUGGCCAAAUCGUUUCUCCAUGUUGCUGUUCCUUGCUGGCUCUGGACACUCAUUGGCGGUAUAAUUUUCGUUCCAAAUAUUUUUCUCAAAAACCUUUCCCAAGUGGCAUGGACCAGCAUCUUGACGGUACUUUCUGCCAAAAUUGUCUUCAUUACAGUGUUUGCGUACAGCUUAUUUCGGUUUCACAAAUGGGAGCUAAAUUCUUUAACACAUUUUGACGCCAGUACAUUUCCUUCAGCUUUAGGAAUCCUUGUGGCGAGUUAUCUGUCGCAGCCCUUUGUAUCACUCAUCGAAGGCAGCAUGCGCUACAAAGACAAAUUCAAUUUGUUGAUGAACGUUGCUUACGGAGUAAUGACAUUGCUCAAUGUUAUCAUUGGAGUAGUUGCUUACAUCUCAUUUCAUCCCAACACAGCUGAAGUCAUAACAAACAACCUACCAGAAGGUUCAUUCCGUCGAGCAGUAAAUGUAAUGGCAGCUGUGUUGUCUUUCACGUCUUAUACAUUACCAAUGUUUACUCUAUUUAACAUUGUUGAAAAAUCUAACCUUCCAUGUUUACCAGAGGAUCUCGAUAAAUCCAUUUUGAAGCCAUCCGUUAUCUUCCUUCGUUUGUCAAUGGUAUCUACGAGUGUAAUUUUCGCUGCUACUUUUCCUGCCUACACCUAUUUAUUAGCAUUUGUCGGAAGUAUUGCUGGCAUCAGUUUGGAGUUCAUAUUCCCACCUUUGUUUCACCUAAAGAUGUACUGCCAUGACAUGACAUGGGGUAACAUUAUUUUAGACGCAGUUGUUCUUGUUGUGGGUAUUUCUGUGUCAGUGACCGGAGCGUUCUUUUCUGGGCGUUCAAUGAUUAGUACUUACAGUCAACCAAUAAUAGAUCACUGCUUGUGA